AUGUCUGGAGCAGAGGUUUUCAGUGCAUUAGGCACCCCUGCACGAACGGCUGCACGGGUUCUCGUCGCACCACGAUAUGCUGUUAAUGGCUUCCAACCUCUCCGAGGGUGGAUGGACAACGAAUAUGCACGCGCGCGAUAUGGGCGGUGGUACAUGUGGCGUAUAUGGCUCCUUUUUGAUUGCAAAGACCUCGAAGUGCUGGAGAAUUUGAUCAACGACGGACAAGACGAGCAAAUACUAGAGAUGCGGGAUGCGAAGUUGAAGCAGUUCAAGCUAGUCACGUUGGUGGGCGCCCUCUUAGCUACUUUAGCUCUUCAGGCACUCUCCCUCCCUGUCCUAGAGGAGACCAUAUUCGUCGCACGCGCAAGCUUCAUCGUUAGCACCAUGCUUUCCCUGCUCGCCACAUUCUUCACCCUCAUCCAACAACGCGAAGUUGGUGUCAUUCGCGAUGCGAGAUCCUUUCGGAGGUGGCUCUCCAAUGGUGUCCAGUACUACAACGCCCGAGAGCGCCUUGUAUGGCAGAGCUCUCUGACGUCCUUAACGUUAGUGGAAGCUCCUUACGAACUGAUAAGCUUGGCUGUGGCGAGCUUCGUAGCAGGCAUGUCAGCAUAUGAUGAAUUCAAUAUCAAUUAUCUACCUACAACUGCACGAAGUUCUUCAACAUAUCAUCCACUGCGUACGAAAAUGGCUUCACCACUACCAUAUAAUCGACAGAAUGCGCUUGCCUCGACUAUUGCAGUGGACAAUGCAUGCAACAUAGCUGACAAGAUCAUCAUUGCUACCGGCGUAACGCAAGGCGGACUAGGAGCAACUUUCGUAGAGGAGAUUGCAAAACACAAACCCGCUCUUCUCGUUCUCGCUGGUCGUUCGCCAUCCAAAGUCCAAGUCACAGCCGACAAGAUCAGGUCCAACCCAGCGAGUGCCAACGUCGAAGUGCGUAUUCUAGCCUUGGAUCUUGCCUCACAAAAGCAGAUCCGCGAAGCCGCAAAAGAAGUUUUAGCAUACCCAGAGUCCAACAUCGACGUCCUCGUCAACUCAGCAGGCACGAUGGCAGGCCCUUAUCGCACCACAGCUGAAGGCAUCGAGAGCCAAUUCGGAUGCAACCACGUCGGGCAUUUCCUCUUCACUAAUCUCAUCAUGUCCAAGCUCCUUGCUUCCAAAGCACCAAGAGUUGUCAAUGUGGCUAGCGACGGCCAUCGCUUCAGCGGCGUUCGUUUUGAAGACGCAAAUUUUCAGAAUGGCAAGGUGUAUGACCAGUGGGAAGCCUACGGUCAGAGCAAGACAGCGAAUAUAUUGUUUUCGUAUGCGUUGGCCGAGAAACUAGGUGCAAAGGGAUUGAGAGCUUACAGUCUGCACCCGGGAGUGGCGUUGGGAACAUCUCUUGCUGAGAAGUUCGAUGAUGAAGACAUGAAGAGUGUGGCGGCCAAGGAUAAAGCGAUCGGCUGGGCGCGUGGUUUUGACAUCAAGUCGCUCGAUGAGUGUGCGGCUACCCAUGUUGUCGCUGCCUUCGACACAAGACUGGAUAACUACAACGGCGCCUUCCUCAACGAUGGUAACGUGGCGCCACAGGAAGUGCAGCCGACAGCGAAGAACCCGGAGGAUGCAGAGAAGCUUUGGAAGCUGAGCGAGAAGCUGGUUGGAGAAGAAUUCGUAUACUGA